CACGUUUUGAUUGAUGACGUAUGCCCGCUUCUCUGAGUCUCACGGUCGUCAUUUUAUUUAAGCUAAAUUUCGCAAACUUCGAGAUAAAUAUUUAUUUUAUAUAUCGGUGAUUCUCCUUGAUUAUGUCCACAGAUGUUCUGGAAGCCAUGGGAAUGUUGGAGGCUUUCCGGGUGACUGAGCUUCGCUCUCUGCUCUCCACGAUGGGCAGGAAUAAAAGUGGUUUAAAGAAAGAUCUGAUGAAAAGAGUAGUUGAUCUUCUUCAGAACGAGUGCAGUCAUGAGCUGCUGUCUGCUGUCCGUGAGUUACACAAACUCCGUCAGGUCUCUAAAGACGCUGGCAGGAGCUCAAAGCCCAAUCAGAUCACAGCCACUUCAGUGGAAACCAUCUCAAUGCCAGAGAGAGUCUCGGCCGGCAAUCCUAAACCACCGGGAGUCGUCUCGACCGAACAGCAGAUGAUUCAUCUACCCUUCUAUCAAACACUAGACACCAUACUGCACCCUACACCUCUCGUGUCUGCGUUUGGAGGACCCGUGCAGAACUCAGACUUUUUCUUUCAUCUCAAUGCGAGUCAGCAGGCUCUGAUCCAGCAGGCUCUGAUCCAGAACGCUCAAUGUCAGUCUGGAGCGAUGUCUGAUGUUCAGGUGGUGCUCAGGAUUUGUUACAGAGAGAGUAUGGGUGUUGAAGAGGAUCAGUAUCCAGCAAACCUUGCUGUUUCAGUAAAUCAUGUGAACUGUCCUGUGCAGUGCUCUUAUUCAUCUUAUAAACCAGGGACCGAACCCUCACGUCCAUGUCGUCCAAUCAACAUCACAUCUUUGUUGUACAUUUCCUUCACAAACUGCUUCUCAGUGACGUGGGGAAACUAUGGCAAGCAUUACUCAGUUGCUGUGUAUCUGGUGCGGUCGUUGUCUUCUGAUGAGUUGUUGCUUCAGCUGCGCAGUACAGCAGUGGAGCGUCUUGACGUCUGCAGGCAGCGUGUCUGUGAGAAAUUACACUGUGAUCCAGAGAAUGAGAUCAGCACAACAGGCCUUCAAGUAUCGCUCGUAUGUCCGCUAUCAAAGGUGCGUAUGUCAGUGGCGUGUCGAGCUGAAGGAUGUGCUCACCUGCAGUGUUUUGAUGCCUCCUCUUAUCUUCAAAUGAACGAGAGGAAGCCCAGAUGGAUCUGCCCCGUGUGUCACAAACACGCCCCCUUUGAUGCGCUGCGUAUCGACAGUUUGCUGUGUGAAGUUCUUGAGAGGUCUGGUGAGGACGUGAAUGAGAUUGAAUAUCUGUCUGAUAGCAGCUGGAGACCUGUGACACAUGACAGAUUUCAUAAAAACAAAGAGAGAGCUCAACAUCCUCUCAAACAGAAGAGGAAUUCUCCUCUGGUGGACCUGGACCGCAGUGUUGUUGAUCUGACUCAGGGUUCUUCUGAUGAUGAAGAUUUAAAGAAAGAGGAGAUGGUUUCAACAUAUUUACAAGACAAGAAAGUACAUUUCAGAAAAUCUGGCAGGAUUAACACGUCUCGAUCUAGAACCAUCAACUGAGCAGUGCAUUUAUUUUAAAGAUGAUUUAUUUCUGGUUUUAAUACUCACUAUAUGGUUUCUUGUGUCAGUACUGUGUGUUUGUAGUGUUUUGUAUGUUAUUCAAUUGUUGUGGCAAUAAAGUCUUAUUUUACUGUA